CUGGAGUAAUGUAAUCACUAUCAAAUUCAUAGGCAUAGCGGGUAUUAAUGUUGUCUUCUGUAUUUCACCUAAAUCCUUUCAUUAGUUGUAGUUAUUUUUCCCAUAUCCAUAGUGUGAGUAUCGACUGCUCUGUCAUGUAUUGCUCUAGCCUGGCUGCAGUACCUUCAAGUCAGCAGCGGGAGUUUCCAGGUAUGUGUUCCCCGGUGGGGGAAAUGUACAUAUGGUAUAAACGUUUAGAACAAGUACAACUUCAUGUACUUUUGAUAGUGUAUUCAAACAUCGUGUUGCUAGCGAGCCUUUUUUGAUGGAAAUAUUAUUCAGCUGAAAGAGUUUAUCUACCGAGUGGUGCAAUGUUAGGCUCUCUAGCUACAGUACAUACCAGCAGGCUGUCUGUAACGUAGCUGCCCUCCUGCAGGCGCUCACCACUUCCUUCACGUUAGGUGUGUGUUUUGUGCCACACCGAGAAGUUCACCAUUCAUUUUAUUCACCGCGGCAUUUUCUGAGCUUAACUGACCAAGGCGCACCUCCAAAUGCCCAAAACCAGUGGCAGUUUCUUUCAACCAGUGGCAUUAUUGGCUUUUUAGAUCAGAGAUGCCGUCUAACGUGGAGAUCAAGGCGAGGGUGAGCAAUGCGAUACGAUUGGCGGAGAAAGCCAGACAGCUAAGCCAAUCAGAGGGAACAGUAAUCCGCCAGCAGGACACGUUCUUCAACUGCAGCACCGGACGGCUUAAACUACGUAACCUGAUGGAUGGGAGUGGUCAGCUGAUCUUCUAUGAGAGACCAGAUUGUGACGGGCCCAAGGUGUCCAGCUACUCUCUCUCUACUACACAGGACCCAGAGGGGCUCAGAGACCCAGAGGGGCUCAGAGUGAGUAGCUACUACACCACUCCUGUCUCUACUACACAGGACCCAGAGGGGCUCAGAGUGAGUAGCUACUACACCACUCCUGUCUCUACUACACAGGACCCAGAGGGGCUCAGAGACCCAGAGGGGCUCAGAGUGAGUAGCUACUACACCACUACUGUACCUACAACACAGGACCCAGAGGGGCUCAGAGUGAGUAGCUACUACACCACUACUGUACCUACUACACAGGACUCAGAGGGGCUCAGAGUGAGUAGCUACUACACCACUACUCUCUCUACUACACAGGACCCAGAGGGGCUCAGAACUGUGCUGGCUGAUUCUCUAGGGGUUAAGGGUGAGGUGAGGAAGGAGAGGAGGCUGUUCCUUGUUGGUCAGACGAGGGUUCACUUGGACUCAGUGGAGGGCCUGGGACACUACAUGGAGCUAGAGGUGGUGUUGAGGGAGGACCAAAGGCCUGAGGAGGGGGAGGCGAUUGCUCGCAGCCUGAUGAAGGAGCUCGGUGUCGGGGAUGACAGCCUGGUGACUGGUGCCUACGUGGACCUCUUGCUGGAAGGCCAGGGAUAGCAACACACAGUAUAUGAACCCUACCAUGCAGGACUACAACAUUCCCAUCAUGUGAAAGCAACUGGAAAACGCUUUUGGUAAUAAAAAAUAAAAUA